UCAGCACGUGUGUGCGUGUGGAGCCCCGCCGCCGCCUCUCACACGGGAAGCGCCGGAGCAGGGGAGGGGGGGUCUCUGGCCGCGUCUUCGAAGGGUUAAUGGAGAAACCCCACGCCCCCUUUGACGGAACUGAACCAACCUCACCAAAUUUGAAAAGGCAUCCGGAGCUGCGUGUGCGCCCCGGGCCAGCGCCGGACACGGGGUGCCCCUUGCUAUGGGAGCAGCCGCCGCCAGGGCUUAGCUUGCAGGGAGGACUCGACUCCCCUUUAAAAGCCAGGGGCAGAAAGCGCUCGGUGCCCCGCGGGAAGAUCCUGCCCCUAGAAUCCCCAAGUCUCUCCUCUAGUCGCAUGUCACCGUGCCUCCAGCCAGCCUCCUGGCGCGGGGUGGUUUCCGCGCGAGUGUAAAGAUGAAACGGGCUCUUUUCUCGCUCUGGUGCUGCUGUCUCUAUGGAUGUACAGUGGGGACCGGUUUCCUCUACCAAUUCCCAGCCUCAACUCUGCAGCACAACUACCCCGAGCAGAGCUCAGCAUCUCCGGGCAGCGGAUUCGCAAACCGCCGGCACUGGUGUCACUACACAGUUACGCGGACAGUUUCCUGCCAAGUGCAGAAUGGCUCGGAGACUGUGAUCCAGAGGGUUUAUCAGAGCUGCCGGUGGCCAGGACCUUGUGCCAACUUAGUGAGUUACAGGACUCUUAUCAGGCCCACGUACAAAAUGUCUUACCGAACGGUGACCACCCUGGAAUGGAGGUGCUGUCCUGGGUUCACAGGGAGUAACUGCGAAGAGGAAUGCAUGAAUUGCACAAGACUAGCUGAUAUGACUGAGAGGCUAAACACUCUGGAAGCCAAGAUUCUUCUGCUCGAGUCUGCAGAGCGUGCCCCCACUUCAGAGAAUGACCUGCCAAUCGCCAGGACGACAGCCACGUGGUAUGACGACUUGCUCCCAGAUGCUAUUCCCCUGGUAAAUCCUGGGACUGUGUUGAGGAAGCCGGUGGGACCAGCUGGGCUCCCAGGGCAGAUUGGGCCCCCAGGCCCGAUUGGACCAGUUGGACUUCCAGGACCACCGGGACCAAAAGGAGACAGGGGACAAACUGGCGAGAGAGGGCCAGCAGGGCUUCUGGGACCUCCAGGACCAAGAGGACUUCCAGGAGAAACUGGGAUCCCAGGACCCCCAGGACCUCCGGGGCCACCUGCCACCCCAGGCCUUCCGCUCACUGUCCAACAAGGGGUUCUCUACUCGCUGCAGCCCACAGCUGAAAAAGAAAAUGGAGAAUCCCAGCUGGCUUCCACCAUCAUCGACACGAUCCUGGCUGGCUUGCCAGGCCCGCGCGGCGCACCAGGGCCUGUUGGGCCACCAGGACCCCCAGGCACUUCAGGACCCAAAGGACCCCCAGGACCUAUUGGAGUUCCUGGAUCACAAGGUGUACCAGGCUCUCCAGGACAACCUGGACCUAAAGGUUCCAAAGGAGAUCGAGGAGAAAGAGGGCAAGCAGGUCUGUCUGGAGAGAGAGGCAAUAAGGGACUGCCUGGUGAACCAGGCAAGAAGGGUGAAGAAGGAGAUAAAGGGGCUGACGGAGAAGGAGUUCAACAACUUCGAGAAGCCCUGAAGAUUUUAGCUGAGAGAGUGUUAAUUCUAGAGCAUAUGAUAGGAAUUCAUGAUUCUUUAUCGUCCAUGGAACCGGGCUCAGGGCAGGAAGUGAUCCUAGGCUCCUCUCUACGAACGAGCAUCAAGAUCAAACGUGGUGGUCCUGAGCAGCGGCGCAAGCCCUAUCAGAUCCUCGCUUCGCUGCUGGAGGACGCCAAAGCCAAAGGGAAAAGCAACGGAAUGAAAUAGGAGCAUUUGUGCAUUCUAAAGGCCAUUCACUGAUUAAAGAUACAGUAUCCUAGUGCUUAAUCACGGUGUGCAGAAGGAAGUGGGUAGGAGGCUGCAGGCUUAGCAGUAGGGCUUCCUUGCCUGGACACUGCUAAACCAUUACUGCAGGGAAUGUCUUAACUGUAACUCAAAGAUUCUUAUGAAGAGCAAUUCCUCUCCCCUGCCCCAACUCCAGCAUACACCAAAUGGCAGGUAUUCUUAAAAACUAUCCCUGGAAAUGGAUACCCUCCCCCAGCCCUCUUCAAAGGGCUUGAUCCUCCCCCUCACAAAUUACUUGUUUAAAAGACCGCAUAGCUGGCUCAGACAUCAUUCAGUUCUACCCUAGCUCAAAGCAAAAGCCCGGAGCAACAUUAUACUAUUAUGUUUAAAAAUAACCAAAUGCCACCAAGUUUUUUGUUUUCAUGCUAUAAUUUCUAGUUGAAGAUACCCCUUUCAGAACUCCACAGAAGCCAUGGAAAUGUUUCUUUUUAAAGAGUAGAGUGAAAAAUUAAGAACUAAUAAUUUAUUUGACAAAUUUCAUCUCUCUUUGUGGCGUGUCUUUCAACAGAUCAUGAUUUGUCUCAGAUGUGCUGGCUAUUCAAAAUCUUUAGCAAAUUUCAUGUACUCUUGGGCUUUCUGAUUGAAAUUUAAAAUCAGGGAGUUGAGCUGUGUUGACUGGUUGUGUGAAUGGUGUCAUAUAGACCUUCUGGUAUUCCUUCUGUUCCCUGAUUGCACGAACAGCUUACUAUCAGGUUUCUGGUAUAAAUAAUUACAGAAUGUAAAAUUUGCUCUUCAUGCAUAUUCAAGAUCAACAUUCUUUUUGCAAACAUUCAUAGCAAGCAAGACAAAAUUGUAUGAAAGUUUGCAUAAAGUGAACACAAAAUAGGUAUAAACAUAGCCGAGAAACAUUACUCUUAUUAGGAACAAAUAUGCACUGAAAAUGUUCUGCAGUAUUGACCCAGCUUUAGAUCAUAAGCUGGAACUAUUGAUAAAGCUUUCUUUAUUGUGGAUACUUUUAAAAAUACCCACACUAUCUCCUACUGGUUUAAAUCUGGGGGCGGCCCGUUGGCAAAACACAGUAGAAGGAUUAGACUCUUGCCAGUGGUUUGUCUUGUGAUCUUGCAGUGAAAUGCUCAAUCAUUUUACUUUUUGCAAUAACUCUUAUUGUUGGGGAAACAGACUUCCACUGUUAAGAGGCUGAACAGAAAUUUCACAUCUGCUGUCCAAUCAAAUUGGAUGAGGUAAUGUUAGACAAUUAAUUUACUUUUUUACUUAAUUUUUUUUUAAUAGCAGGAUUGAAUGAGCAAAGCAACUGACAGUAGGUUACAGAAUUUUUCACUUUUCAGUCACUGGUUCAACUCCUCUCCAGGGCACUAGUGAACAAAUGUUGUUGUCUCUCUAUUUGGUGGCUUAAGUAAAUUCAUAGCAUCAUGCAGGCUCGUUCCUAAUACAAACUAUCUACAUAAAAAAGCCACCAUUGAAAUUGAUUAGCACCGUUGUUGGCAACCUCAGAGAGAGCUGAAUGGCCCAUGGAGACAGGUCAGGAUGGAGGCAUGUGGCAUGCUGAAAACUGGAAUCUUACACUGCCCGUGGAUGUAGGCUGUGAAAGCACCAGAGCCUGAACCCUUUAUUCUAGGCAGUCUGACUUAGCCUAACACUAAUUUUAAAAAGUGUGAGAUAUUUAUGUAUGUACAUGUGCACACACAAUCUCUCUGUCUACAAAGAUACCGAACUAUAUCAAAACAUCCAUCUCAGGCCUCUAGACAGUAUUGCAUCAUUAACCACAACUAGUUCAAAACCCACCCCAAGUGAAUGGAUUUACAUCUUUCAACUGCCACCAUUUUACAAACCCUAGGUGAAGGGGAAGGCUGAUAUCAUAAGUUCCUAACAAACAAAAAGCAACAUCUUCAGCUGAUAACGUGGUCCUCUCAGAGAAAUCACCCCAUGCUGUACAGUUAAACAAUAUAAACAGCCACUGAAGGACCAAAAGCUGCAGAAAAUUUAUUUCCUUAACAUACUUUUGAAUUCAGGCACAGUCUAGGAACUGGGGAUAACAACUAAGUCUGCAUUCCAUAGACAAGGGGUAUAGUUAUGUCCUUGCUUGGAUCCAUUUAAGGUAGUCAUUGGGCAAGUCAAAUCAGCCCAAAAUGUGGAGGACUGCUGGGGAGGCAAAGCAAAAUACAAUCAGGUGCUAUUCCCCAUUAGCCAUGAGAGACUUCAAAGAACUUUAAAGUCAAUGCAACACUUCAGGAGAUGCAACCAUAAAGAGCAGAUGUUUCAGUCUCCUGUGGUACAUUACAUUCUGGGGGAGCUGUGUCGUUGAUGUGAUACAGGUAAACAGGGAGCAAUAACCCAGCCUGGAGAGAAUAAAAUGGUUUGUCAAUAUCAGUAAGGCAUUGAGCGAGAGCAAUGGUCACAUCCUGGUAUGACUUCUAGGACAAUAAAAUAAGGCCUUCAGAAGAGAUGCUAGUUGCAAGCCCAAGGCUACAUCCAGUGACCAUGUGUAUAUAAACAAUUCUGAAUGUGAUCAGUAUCUUUUAGAAAUAGCUGGCAGCCAUCUCUCAGUCUAAAUACAAAGAGCACAACUAUACCAAGACAUCUGGUAGACAAACAACAAAAGCUCUGUGAACAUUUUCUUCCAUUCACUAACAGAGGUGGAAUGAAGUUGUAUAAAGGGAAUUUAGACCAUGAAGUCUUGUUGAGGGACAGCUGUUUUAUAACACAGCCAUGCCACAUUUGCACUAGUUUUGUUCUUAAACUGGUCUCCUGUUUCCUUUUAGAAAAACUUGAUGACUACAACAUGCUUUUAUAAGCCAGCUAGUGGUUAGAAAUUUGCAAGAGGUUCCUGGUUACUUCUGUUGAUAGAUAAUCUGGGGUCCCAUCCUGCACAUAUUACCAGGCAGAAUGCUAAUUACCCUCCUGUCUAGUAGUAAGUCUUCAGGAAAUUGGUUCCUGAGACAUGAUGAGAAAUCACAGUUUGGUCAAAAGAUUUAUGCUGGUUUGAGCUGCAUUUCAUCUGAUCACUAGGAAAGAGUUUUGCCAUAGCAGGACCCAGAGGCAAAACCAAACAACCCUCCAACCAGAUAUUUUAAAAGGGAAAUAUCAAUAUUCCGUUUUGACGAUCCCAUGAUUGUUGCAUGUAAUUUGGGAAGGGGGAGAGAUAUUAUGCAGUGUGGGUCCAAUUAGUAGUUCCUUGAGAUUUCGGAGUCCCCCAAAUGAGUUAAAGGGGACAGUUUUUGUUCCCACGACUUAGUAUUUGGGAAUUAAAAAACAAUUGCAUUCGCCUGAUGAGUAAUCCCUUUAGUUGGUUUGCAUUUGACUAGUGUGCUGGGUUUUAAUUAAAUUAUUCAGAACAACUUAGCGGUAAAAUGAAAAAAAGUUAAUUGAAAUGGUGUGCAAUUAAUCCUAGCAGAUUGAUUGUCAGAAGGCAGGUUUAGGUUCAGAUUGCAACAUCAUUUUAAUUACCAACUUUCACAGAUUUCUAUGAAGACCUAUGUAAUUCUUUGCUCCCAACACUCCUUGUUUUGCUAAGGGCUUGUCUACACUACCCGCCGCAUGGCAGGCAGCGAUCGAUCCAGCGGGGGUCGAUUUAUCGUGUCUAGUCUAGAUGCGAUAAAUCCUCUCCCGGGUGCUCUCCUGUCAACUCCUGUACUCCAGCACCGUGAGAGGCUCAGGCAGAGUCGAAGGGGGAGCAGCAGCAGACUCACCGCAGUGAAGACACCGCGGUCCCGUCCCCACCACCAGUGAAGACCAGGCCUUAGCUACAUCUCUCUCUUAAUGUGGUACUGUAUCUUUAAUCUGGGUAACGAUAGGACCAUAUAGUGUGGACAUUGUCACUGGACUAGGGUUUAAUUCCUCACUAGUAAAUCAAUUAGACCACAUUGUGGUGCAGUCUUAGUUAAAAAAAAAAGUUAUAAAGGUGAACAUAACCUCAUAUGUUGACAUUAAUGAUAUUUGUGACUAAAUAAACCACUCCAACCACAUUUUCCAUCUUAGGCGGGAUACUAAGAUUCGUUUUAGCCUGGGCAUAUGCAUUUUACCAUCUCUGUGUAAUUUAGGGGGUGGACAUAUUUCAAAUGCGUGCUCAUUUAGAAGUAUACUUUAAUUGAAAUGUUAGUGCUUUAUCUUACAUACAUACUGUGCAAUACCAUAGUGUGUUCUUUUGCCUUUGUUAAGAAUUCUUUGGGAUUUUUAAAGUACUUCUCUAAACUCCAAUACUUUUCAACUUGGAUUGGUUCUGUUAGUAGAAAAACAAAUUUUCCUUGCCUUGAGCUAACCAAAAGCAAUGGCUGCAUAUUGCACAGUAUAAUACGUUAUAGUUUAUGCACCCCAACUUUCACUAGUGCUCUGGUAUCCUCUUGAGAAAUAGAGGAUGUUUCACUCCAGAGUAUCCAAUAUGCAUUGGUUCUAAAGACUUGACAGCAAUGCAGAAAAAUAGGAAUAAGUUAGAGAUAAGGGUCAUAUCCUGCUUCCACUGAUGUCCACAGAGCUCUUGCCAUUAAUAGGAGCAAGAAUAGGCCACAUGUUCAGAUCCAGAUCUUCAGUUAGUGUAAAUUGGGACAGGUCCAGUGAUGUCAGUGGAACUAUGACUAUUUACACUAGAUCUGGCUCACAAACUUUGGCACUGAACCGAAAUCCCAGAUCCAAUCUAUAGAAUAAACUUUGUCAAAGCAGAAACCCAUCCACUACACCUAUGGCUUCAGGAAGACAGACAGACACACUAAUUCUAGGAUUACAUGAAGGUAGGUUCUUGAUUGACUAAUUGGAAAUCCCUUCUAGUCCACAAUUAUAACCUCUGUAUUAUUCAAGAUUAUAGUCCAUUCUGCUCCAGCACUGUGGGGGUGGGGGGUGGGGAUUAAACUACUUAUUCUGAAAUCAAGUGAAUCAAAGGUGCUAUAAAUGUCCAUGAAACACAUUCCCAAUCAUAGAAGAAAAUGUUAACUCUUUUCACAUUAUUUUACACUAUUUUUUUUAUUUAUAGCCGUGUGUUGUGUGCGCGUAAGGGGUCCCAGCUUCCCUAAUUGUAAUAAGUUCUACAAUCAUUUGAUCUUUUAGAGUGAAGUUAGAUACAGUCUCUUGUAAUUGUGUGUAAUUUUUAACAGAACAAUAACCAAUCUCCUCUGACAUGAUGAACUCAUUCCUGACAGGCUCCAACGUUUGUCAUCAGACUUCACUAAAGGACAAAAUAAAAAAUAAAAUAAAAAACCCAACCUGUUAGCUCCAGAUCUUGCAUGGUUACGUUUCUGUUUUCAUCUUGCUAUAUUCUUGUUCCUGGUAUCUAUUUCUCUGUAUUUGCUAUGGGGUUUGUUACUGUAUAUGGAAUGUUUUGUAUUCAGCAUUUUUUUUUUAAACAGAGCAGAGUGGGAACAAUAUUUAAGAACCCACAAAUACCAAAGACCUUUCAUGUAAUGCACUGAGAAAUAAACAUACUGUAAGUGAA